AUGGGAAAUGCUUCUUCUGUCCAAGACAUAAAGCUUGGGGAUAAAAUCGGUGAUGGGGCAUAUGGAGAGGUUUUUAAAGCCGUGUGGAGCGGAAAGCAAGUCGCCGCCAAACGAAUUCGCGCGGUAUUCUUCGAUGGCGAUUACGACGGAAGCAUCAGAGCAGCGUUCUUGGAGAAGUUUAAAUCAGAAUGGGAGCUUCUCAGCAAUCUUAAACAUCCUAAUAUUGUAGAGUAUUACACAGUGAUCCUACCUCCUACCCCAGAGACACCGAUCAUCGUCACCGAGCUGUUAGCAUGCGACUUGGCCAAACACAUUCGGGAUUCGCAAAGCAAACCCAAAGUGUCUUUCUCGGAAGUGGUGAAAAUUAUGUUGGACGUUGCCGAAGCUCUGCAAUAUCUUCAUUCACAAAAGCCUCCGAUCGUCCAUCGCGAUUUGGCAAGCAAGAAUGUUUUGCUAACAAAAUCGCUACACGCAAAGAUCGCUGAUUUGGGUUUGGCAAAGGUUUUCCCGCACGGUGCUAUGUAUGCAACAGCCAUGCCGGGUACCCCGGUCUAUGCCGCCCCAGAAACUUAUCCCAAGAAAAUGGGAAGAACACAAAAAGGAAAUAAAGCAAUCUACACGGAGAAAAUCGACAUAUUCUCCUUCGGCGCUCUUAUGUUGGAGACGAUUAUUGGUCAUCUACCUGAACGCAUUCUACCCGAUCCGGUUCUUGAAGGUCAGUAUUUUGUUAAUAGAUUUGCCAUCAGACAUGCAUUUAAUUUAGAUUUCAAUUAUCGUAGUGAUCGAUUACAAGUAACGUAAUUAUAGGCGAAAUAUAGGUUUGACUGCUUUUGUUUUGUUACGCAUUUGAUAUGCUUAACGCCCUGGCCCGGGUUGUUCGAAGCAUGGUUAGUGCUAACCAGCGUUAAAUACCAUGGAAACCUAUACAUUUUGAUACCUCUUAACCAACGGUUAGCGCUAACCAGGCUUCGAGCAACCGGCCCCUGGUCGCUCUACUCAGUUACAAAGUCCUUCAGUUCGUAGUCGUGCGGUUGUUUUACCUCACUUGACGUAAUAAAGCUCGCUUCCCAUACUUUAGGAUUACUUAAAAAAUCCAGUACUAGUGACUAAAAGAGGUCGAAUUGGCAAGUCUGGCUGGUCUUCCCAGCCGUUUCUUAGUGGAAAGUGAAAAGUGUUACGAGAAAAAAAUGUCACACAAAAAAAGGUCACGUAAUUCACCACCUUGAAAAGUAAAACUGCUGGCUUCUGGCUCAGUGAUCAGGGACCUUUUCAUGGAUGCUUAAUCCAGACACCUCAGUUGCUGAAAACUUUUAUAAUUUUAGAUCGCCUCUGUUUGCCUUUGCUGACUUCUCUUAGUAUCUUGCUAUCUUUCCUAAAAAAUGGGCUUUUUCUAUUAUUUGACUUAUUUAGCCUGGUGUCUCGUGCAUGACGCAGCACUUGUCAUGGCAGCGUUUUCCGACCGUCGAGCUGCAUCACUUAAGUAAGAUUCUAAGAAAUCGGUAGAGAAGGUUCAUCCAGGAAAUCCAUAAUAUUCACUCAUACACAAAAGAGUCUAACCCAAAUAAGGGAAUCCGGAUUCUGGAAUCCUUGAAAUUUUUCCUUGUGGAAUCUGUCAUCCCGGGCUUUGGACUCGGGAAUACAGCUCAGGGAAUCCGGAAUCCCACUAGCUAACGGAAUCUAGAAUCCUAGUCCCACUGACAAAGACUGGAAUCCAGUACCAGGGAUCCGGUACCCUGGUUUCCAGAGACUUUUCUGGCGCGGUUUCCGGUUUCUGUCAAGUCUUUAUAGUGACCCGAGUUUUUUCUCGCGGCUUCGGCCUACGGCCGAAGAUGUGUCAGGCUUCGGCCAACACCAAAAAUUUCCGCCGCACGCAAGAAAAACCUCUGGUACACAGGGCAGGGAUCCGGAAUCCAUGGAGUGGAAUCCAGAAUCCAAGAUGGUCUUGGAUUCCCUAACAUUGGGCGAACUGAACGUUUUCCGAUCAAAAGGUGCAAUGAACCAGUGAUUUUACUUGGUCUGAUUUGAUUCGAUUAGACUCCAUCUCCAUCAUCCAGGACGUAUUGAGUAACCUCUGUCAAUCUGGGCACAUCAGAGUGAAGGGAAGGUGGUUUUGGGCUAGCUUAGGGAGCUAAUAUUAUCACCCAUAGAGAUAUCACUUAAAGUAGUGUGUAAAAAAUAGUUUAUGCAGGAAAAACAAACUAUUAUGUUGUGUUGGAGACAGAAUUCAAUUUUAACAUAUUUACCUAAUUGUAAUCACUAUAAGAGCACUUUUAAGAAAUACUGAAAUAGGCAAAAAAAUUGUUCCCGGGAAUUGGUUGCCUGUUUCAGUGUAUUUGUCACUACUUUGGAUCAAAUAAAGCUUGAGCCAGGCCAUUUGUCCAAACUCAUAUCUUUCACCUGUUCACACGGGGGUUACACCACAUUCAGAUCGCCACCGCACACCUGUAAUGACACAAAUAGAUGCUGUUCCUCCCAAAAUGUGAUGCGUUUCUUUUUUUGUAGAUGGAGAGAUUGUUCCAGAGUACAUUCGCCGGAGCGAGGACCUGGAGGAGAUGGGACCGGAUCAUCCACUACAUAGUCUCGUAUGCCAGUGCUUUGAAAACAUCCCUGAGAAAAGACCCAGUGCUACUGACAUCAUUAACACCCUUCUGAAAUUUACCAAAGAAAUAAAAGGAAAACUUCCUAGAAAGGCCACUGGGGAAAAAGUUGGGGCUAUGUCAAAUAUCCAAUACGACCACAAGUUUAAGGUUCUGGUUUUAGGCGAAUCCGGCGUUGGCAAGACGUCCAUAGUAGCUCGAUUCCUUGAUGCUCAUAGUUCGUUUCCUGACAACCCUUUUCCAAGCACCUUGGAAUCUGAGGAUCACUUCGAGCGUCUGCGAUUUCGCGACAAGUCAGUACAUCUUCACUUGGUCGAUGUUGGAGGGAACAGGUUCAGCCCGGCAGCCAACUUUGCCCCGCAGAUCUUCCGCAAGGUCCGGGGUGUGGUCAUCGUUUUUGAUCUCACCUCGCAAGUGUCUUUCUUGGAAGUUUCCACGUGGCUGGAAACCGUGAAGAAAGCCUGCCAUGUGGGAAUACCUAUGGUACUGGUUGGAAACAAGAAUGACGACUUGGACAGAUGGGUUGAUGGGCGGACGGUGGAGAACUUUGCCUUGAAAGAGAACUUGUUUUACAUUGAGGCCAGUGCAAAAAAACGAGAGAACAUUGACGAAAUCUUUUCUGUUCUUAUUGGUUUAAUGAUUGAGAAUGAAAAUCAGCUGGAAUCUUCUCUUGAUGGAAGCACGCUUCUUGACUCUCUGCGGAGAACAUUACCUGACGGCGAAAGAAUCGAGAAGAGCUUAAUUGCUGAAAGACAGAGAAGCCCUCGGCACGAAGUUCUUGAUCCUGGGGUUAUAGUGUUGGAGGACACGAAUGCUUCCGAUAGCAAAACGGGAAACAAUAGUGCAGCUAAAAAAACUGAAGAUGACGGUACCAAAAACAAGAAAAGACACUGGUGUUGCUUAGUAACCUAA